ACAUCAUCAAAUCGAUGCAGGUCUCGAUAGUUUCCAUGUGUGUUUUUAACACAGCCCAGGAAAAAUGUAAAUAACGUAAAUUUCAAUCAUCGAAGGCUUUGUUUCCGCUUCGCAUUGUUGUCCUAGAACUUUAACAGUCUGUCAACAGAAUUACCUGCUACACAUUCAUUUAGACACAAUUGGCUCAGAGAUACUAUUUUUCAGAUGUGAUGUCUACAGAUGUUAAAUGGUAAAUCAUUUCUGCUAUUGUGGAAAUGUUCUUCACAAAUUGCGAGUGUUGGGAGUGUACCUUGGUGCAAAUAAGUGACGUGCAUGUGCUCGUUCGGCUGUGCGAUGACUCUUGGGUGUUUCGUGACAUUUAAUUGAAGGAGACUACAAUUAAAUUUAAUACGAAGUACUACUAUGUAGAAAACAUAAAUCUUGUUGUUCGGUGACAGUUACUCGUUUUCCACGCCUAUCCACGAAGAAAGUGUCCACUGCCGACAGUAUUAAUGGAAAUGAACAUUUUGGAAAAUGUCAAAAGGAAAACUACGAACUAUCACCGACGUCUGUGCAGACUGCGGUUCACAAGACCCUGCUUGGGCAUCGGUGAAUAGAUGUGUUGUCCUCUGCGAUGACUGUUGCUCUGUACAUCGGAGUCUGGGGCGACAUGUAUCACAAAUAAAGUCCCUUCGGCGCAGUGUGUGGAGUGCUUCACAGCUUCUGUUAUUGCAGUCACUGAACAGCCACGCUGUUAACAGUGUAUGGGAGCAUGCACUGCUGGAACCUGGGCGACUGGCUAGUCACCGCAAACCGCAUCCAAGAGACCCAUUGCAUCCAAAGAAAACUGACUUCAUCCGAGCAAAAUAUCUGCAUCUUGCAUUCGUAUUUAGACCAGGGAAAGAUGAACCUCCCCUUCAGGAAGAUGAUUUAAGCCAGCAGCUGCAUUCCAGCGUGCGGACUGCCAAUUUGGAGACUAGCCUUCGCCUUUUAUCACAGGGGGCAGAUCCUUGUUACUUCCAUCAGGAGAAGGGUACAACUCCUCUUCAUGUAGCUGCAAAAGAGGGACAGACCUGCCAGGGAGAGCUGCUUAUUGCGUGGGGAGCUGAUCCUAUGGCUCCAGAUGCACAUGAACAGACACCAGUUGACUAUGCAAGGGCAGCAGGUCACAGAGAUCUGGCAGAGAGGCUAGUGGAGUGCGCAUAUGAACUGACAGACCGUUUGGCUUACUACUUGUGCUCUCGUCGACCUGACCAUGUGGCUGGUCAGCACUACAUCAUACCUGAGAUGGCGGAUCCACUUGAGCUCUCAGAACUGUCAAAAGUUGCCCGCAAAAAGCUGCAGCAGCUGCCAAACCCUGUAUUUGAAGAGUUAGCAAUGGAUGUGUAUGAUGAAGUUGAUAGAAGAGAAAUAGAUAUGAUUUGGCUAUCAUCUCAUCGAGGCAGUAAUGCGACAGUGCCUGCUGAUUGGUGUUCUGUGGUUCCUUUCCUCCCAGUGAAUCCAGAAUACUCAGCGACACGUAAUCAGGGUCGUCAGAAGUUAGCCCGAUUUAGUGCCCGUGAAUUUGCUACGCUUAUAAUAGAUAUAUUAGCCGAUGCACGUCGACGGCAGAAUAGCACUGCCACAACGUCUUCACUUGUGAUUUCACAAGAAGCUGUAGGGGGUAACAAAUAUCAGCACCGGCAGCAUCCCAUGGAAGCAUCAAAAUCAUCAGUAAUGUCAUCAUCCAGGCAUCCAAUUCUGUCUGCUAUUGCAGGAACAAAACAUCGCUCUGAGGUGUCUGAUGAUGAACCAUUAUAUGAUAGUGUUGCAUCAGAUGAAGACUAUGUAGGAACAGAUCAACUGAAAUUGCUCCCUCAGCAAGCACAGUCCGUGAAUGAAUCACAGAAACCACAGGAGAAGAGGCAAGAAGAGAAAAGCAGUUCUGACAAUGUUGAUUCACCUGUGUCAGAAAUUUCUAAGGACCAAUCUCCUUCAACGUCAGAGGAGAACAGUACUGCAUCUACAAUAGAGCAUACACUUCGUUUGCAGCUUGCUACUUCAGAAGCAAGAAUGGAUGAACUCAGAUUGCAACUGAACAUUCUACAAUCCACGGUCAGCAGCUUACUUGCUGAAAAUCAGGAACUUCGGCAGUUGCUGCAGUCAGCAGGUCUCAAUAUUCCCACAGUCGCCUCUCCUCAGCCUAAUGGUUAUGAACCUGUUCAAGAUAUGAGGGGUCGCUCUACCAUUCAGCGACCUGCAUCCAUGUAUGAAACACGGGAGGGGAUCAGGAGCGCUGUUUCUAUCAUAAACAAGAAGGAUUCAUCGGGGGACUAUGACUGCCCUUCAGGACCUGUUCGGCCUGCUGUCACCCAAAGUCUGUAUAGCAGUAGCACUGUUGGAGGUGUUAUGCCUGUUAGUGAGGAAGUUAUUAGGCGAACUGACCAAGUAACGAAACGAAUACAGGAGUUGGUUGUGUCAAUGCAAGGAUCUGCUGGUUGUGAUGCUUUUGUGCCUUGUGCUGAAAGAAUAAGAGUUGCUGUUGCAGAACUUACUGCUAUAUUUCCACAGAAUCCUCUUGAUGAGCAUAUCCGUAUACCACUUCGUCAGCUGAAUGGCAACACAGCUCGCCUACAGACAAUUUGUGCUAACCUGCAGAGAUGCACUGGAGAGACAGAUCGGUCAUAUUAUCUUCAACAAGUACGUUCCUGUGCAUAUGACAUAGCAAAAGCAACAAAGCAGUUAGUGACAUACACUCCACAGUGAUUAGUCUGUUGAUAAGUGAUAAGGUGAUAUAUUUCUGCAUUUUAUUUUUGUUUCUAUGAAAAUACAAGGUACACUUUAAAUUUGUAGCUCUGUAAGAAGCAGGUGAAAUAUUCCAGCAGUGAAAAAUCAGUGGAAGAAAAAAAAACCAACUAUACAGAUGGCACAUACUGAUGACUGCUGAUAGGGAUGGCACAUAUUGAUGACUGCUGAGAGGGAUAAGUCAUGUUGAAAACGAAAAUAUCAUUAUUCCAGUUUUUAAUGAACUCCACAAUAAUUUCUGCAUGCAGAUAGAAAGUACAGCCUCAUGGCUAGAUGAGUUUUGUUUCUAUGCUUCAGAACCUCCAGUAUAUGAACAAAUACUAAUAUGUAUAUAGAUACUAUCUGAGCAGUGUAGAAUUGCUGCUUUACUGAGUUUGUCUGACUUUGGUUAUGUUAAUCUAUCAUAUGCUGUUGUGUCUGUUUAGUUGAAAAACUUCCAUUGACUUUUUGCCAGUCAGCUUAUUAAUCAGUGAUUGUUUACAAUUCCAAUAAGUGAAUGUUCUGAAAGUUGAAGGCAUAGUGAGGCACAGAAUGAACAUGGAAUCAACAAGCUAUCUUAUUGAAUUACUUGUUGGAUUAACAAGAUAAAAAUUGAGAAUUAUAAAAAUUUAUUUUUGUUUGGUUCUCAAAAUCUUCCAGAGGCACAAAGUAUGAGCAGUUUGGUGCACAGUUGUCAUUGUUACUCAGUCCAUAGAGUUUGUCAUUAGUGUCUGAAUUAUAUAGUCUUCCUCAGUUUUUAUUUAGUAUGAGACAAAAAGUUUCAACGGUAUUGUUGUAAUAGGUGACUAUAUGAAUGUCUACUGUGUUGGUGCUUCCCUAGUGGUUUAUGUGUAAAUUUAAAGUGCUGGAAAAUUGGUAUUUUGUAAAUGUCAUGAUCCUAAUCCAAAUUUUAGUAAUCAGUCUGACCACAUAAGGUAUGUGCAUUAAUGAAAGUACGUGAGUGCAUGUGCAAACAGUUAAAUGAGUAUAUUUUUAUUGUGUGACAUAUUUGAAGACUAUUUUCAUCGGACAAACUGCAGAAAUUGCAGCUUGUGAAAUUUGUGUGUCCUAUUUCUGUAGUUGAACAGAGCAACAGAAUAGAUUAAGUUGAAUUGUCAAAUUGUUAUGAUAUCACUUCUGUUUUCAUGUGGCCUUUAACACUGAAUUACGAACGUGGUUGGAAUGGGGGAGGGGGGCUGCUUUGUUAAAUGAUGGAGCAGCAAAUUAAUUUUCUAGGUACUUCAUGAUACGUAAUAAGCAAUUGAAUUACAAUGUAAUUUAGAUUCUAAACAAAAUUUGGAAAUCCCACCCUUAACUCUUCAUGGCUGUUAGUGGUAAACGAAUUACGUAGGUGGCAAAUAAAUUACGGAGUAAUUUCAAAAGUGUUGCCCUGAUCAUGAGUUCUUAUAUCCAUAAAACUGACAUCAGAACAUGUCUUACAAAGUGUGGAGGUAACUGCAAAAGGGAUUUGAUGGAUUAAUUAGAGAAUAACAUCCUUCAGCUGGCUUCCACUUGGAAACUGACACUGCGUGAUAUGUGUAAGUUGCUACUUGAUAACCUGUAAAAAGUACCAAAAGAUAAUUUUAACAUAAUGGAUGAAUGAAAGUGGCUGGAAGUGUGUGUUUUGCCCUUUGUUGUGCAUAGAUCACAAUUAACUAGUGGAAAUAUUGUGGCAGAAUCUACCCAUGUCAAAUAAUCGCUAAGAGUAAAAGUGAACUGAUAGUUGUAAUCCGUAACUGAACCUGUUUGGUUUGGUAACCCAUAAUGGCAGCUACUAAUUAUUUUUUAACUGUUGAUCCAGUUACUAAAAAUGAACACUCUCAUAAUGAUACAUUAAUGUGGCUACUACCAGAAUCAAUGUAUCAGCAAUGAAUAUUUUUAAGUUGUAGAAUGUAAUGUUUUCUUAGAGAAAUUUGAAAGCAAUAAGCGAUUUCAGAAAAUCGGUACUAUUUAGCCACUGGAUGAAAGCUGUUCUGAGUAACUAAUCUGCUAGAAAGUUCUGCUAAUUCACCGGUCAAGAACAGACUUCAAAUAAAAACAUAGAAUUUAAACUCUAGAUACUGUGAAUUGUGUGAUAGUGAGUGUCAGUUGCAAUAGUGGCUAGGGAAGACAUACUGUUAAUGACAUUCAGCGAAGAAAGAGUUUUUAAUGCAACAAGGGAGGUGGCAGUCUAAAAGAAGUUGCAAAUUAAGCAAAAAAAAAAAAAAUAAGAUGAUGAAAUAGACAAAUUUAACUGUAUAGUAAGAAUUGGAAGAAGAAACA